CCUCUUAUCAGCCUCCUCAGUUUUUAGGGUUUUUUCUCCUUCUCCUUUCAUCGAAACCAUUUGCAAGAGGUUAAAGAGACGGCUAGUGAUCGCUGUCCGCCUUGUACGAGCUUCUAGCUUUGUCUUGGCCCUUAGUUUUUGUACCAAAUCCCUCAGUUUUAGUAUCUUUGUCGAUUUGUUUGAGUAGCGAUAAUGGUGAAACCCACUAAGGCUGAAAAGAAGAUCGCCUACGACGCGAAGCUGUGUCAACUCCUGGAUGAGUACACCCAGAUCCUGAUUGUGGCGGCGGACAACGUCGGAUCGAACCAGCUACAGAGCAUUCGGAAGGGUUUGCGAGGUGACUCUAUCGUUCUUAUGGGUAAGAACACAAUGAUGAAGAGAUCCAUCAGGAUGCAUGCCGAGAAAACCGGCAACAAUGCUUACCUCAACCUUAUCCCCCUCCUCCAGGGCAAUGUCGGGUUGAUCUUCACCAAGGGUGAUCUGAAGGAAGUGAGCGAGGAGGUUGCCAAGUACAAGGUUGGAGCUCCCGCUCGUGUGGGUUUGGUCGCUCCAAUUGAUGUGGUUGUUCCUCCUGGCAACACCGGUCUCGACCCAUCACAGACAUCUUUCUUCCAGGUUCUUAACAUUCCCACAAAGAUUAACAAGGGUACUGUCGAAAUUAUCACCCCUGUGGAGCUCAUCAAGAAGGGUGAAAAGGUCGGGUCCUCUGAGGCUGCCCUUUUGGCCAAGCUUGGCAUCCGACCCUUCUCGUACGGUCUCAUUGUUGAGUCAGUGUACGACAAUGGCUCCGUCUUCAGCCCCGAGGUGCUCGACCUCACAGAGGAUGACCUUAUGGAAAAGUUUGCUGCUGGUGUCUCCAUGGUCACUGCUCUGGCUCUAGCCGUGUCUUACCCGACCCUUGCUGCUGCCCCUCACAUGUUCAUCAAUGCUUACAAGAACGUGCUGUCUGUUGCCUUAGCCACUGAAUACUCCUUCCCUCAGGCAGAGAAAGUGAAGGAAUUCCUCAAGGAUCCGAGCAAGUUUGCGGUGGCAGCUGCACCGGUUGCAGGAAAUGCAGGUGGUGCUGCUCCAGCUGCUGCAGCCAAGGAAGAGGAGAAGAAGGAAGAGCCAGCUGAAGAGUCGGAUGACGACAUGGGUUUCAGCCUCUUCGACUAAAUUAAACUUUAAGCAUUUAGGGUUUUGUUUUGUUUUGUUUGUUUCCUCUGAAGUGAGAUACACUUGGACCUUCAGUUUGUUUUCUUGCUUGUUUCCAAUGACAUUCCCGUUUCAGUGUCAAGAGUUUUAGCAGUUAUUUAUAUAUCUUGCAUUAUAUAAAAGAGUCGUUUGCUAGUGA